AUGCCUUCAAGAUCUUACUCUUUAAUAAGCCCCGAAUUCAACUUACAUUUGCAUACACUAAAUUCCGAAAACGAACCCACCACUUCUUCUUCUUCUUCUUCUUCUUUAUCUGUAUCGUCAAUCGCCAAAAAACUACACAAUCUCGAAAGUUUAUACGAUUGUGUCGAUAAUUUCCUCCUUUUGCCACGUACACAACAAAUUUUCACCCGAGAAAGGCACGAAAAAUGGGUCGAACAAAUCUUGGAUGGAUAUCUUAGCCUUGUGGACACAUGUGCCAUAGCCAGAGAUUUCAUCUACCAAUCAAAAGAAUAUAUCGCAAACCUUCUUUCUAUCCUUAGGCGUAAAGAUGAUUCUUCGGAGUUCACACACUCGAUAAAGUCAUUCAAGAAGCAAAUACAAAAGUCGUUGAGAAAUAUAAAUAUGGGCAGCUUCAAGAUUAAAAAGUCCUCUGUUUCAGCAGAGGAGGAUAAGGAUCAAGAAGCCAUUAAUGCUAUCAUUAGCAUGCUCGAAGAGACUUUUCGUAUAACUUUUGCUUUGUUGGAGAAUCUUUUGUCAAGUAUUUCUCGUACAAAGGGCAAUCGAUGGUCCUUAGUUUCGAGACUUGUAAUGGGGUCUUCAAGGAAAGUUCUGUGCCAAGAGCACGGAAAAAGCUCGACUUUUGAUUUUGGAGAUUUGGAUGUUGCAUUGCGUAAAGGAAUUAUUCGAGUCGAGGAAUUACAGGGGAAGUUGAGAGCGAUGGACUCGAUUAUUCGAGAGGUCGAGGAAAGAUUAGAAUGGCUGUUCAAGCGUUUGAUUAAAUCGAGAGUUUCGCUGCUCAACUUGCAAAGCCAAUACUUCUAG